UCUCGUCAGUCGAUAGUAGUCUGUGACCCAAGUAUAGGCUCCCCAUCAGACUAAACUAUUUGAUCAGUCAAAUUCAGGAGAUUGACAGUCAAAAUACUAGUUUGAAGCGAUGGCGGACAACAAUGAGGGGGACGUAAGCAGCAAGAGUGAGGAAGUGACAGAAAUUCCGUUGGAAGAUGUGGUCAAGAUAGAUGACAAACGUGGUAGCUUAUCAUCAGAGAGUGCCGAUUCUAAAGAUGCUGAAAUGGCUGUAACAACCGACAAGAAAAUUCCCCAACCUAUUUCAAACUUUGAGACGAUGGCUCACUUGUUAAAGGGAAACAUCGGCACAGGAAUCUUUUCAUUGCCAUCAGCUUUCCGAAACGCAGGACUUUGGGUUGCCUUUGGAAUGUUUCCAGUUAUAGCCAUUGUUUGUGUUCACUGUAUGCAGAUGUUGGUCAAGAGCGCAGCUGCCAUGAAAAGAAGGGACCCGAAUUUUUCCAUUUCAUAUGCGGGGACGGCGGAAAUGGCUUGCCGCACGGGACAACCUCAAUACGCGAAAUACGCAAGAGCUUUCGGGAUAACGGUUAACGUUUUCAUUUGCCUGAAACAUUUUGGCGCUUGCGUGGUUUACCUGGUAUUUACGAGCACGAAUUUGCAAGCGGUGAUUGAAUACUACACAGAGGUCAGAUGGAAUGUGCGCAUCUACAUGUGCAUUCUAACCAUUCCACUGAUCUUUCUCAAUUGGAUUCGAAACCUCAAACUGUUGGCGCCCGUCUCGCUGGUUGCCAACGUUUUGCAAAUGUCUAGCAUCGUCGUGGUUUUUUACUACAUUUUUCGCGAUCCCUUGCCACCCACUAACUCUGUGCCCGCGUUCGGCAGUUGGGGUGGCGUACCCUUUUUUGGUACGGCAAUCUUCUCACUAGAAACAAUCACGUUAGUCUUGCCCUUGCAAAAGGACAUGCGACGACCAUGGGAUUUCAAAGGAUGGACUGGAAUUCUCAAUACUGGGAUGAGUAUUGUUACCUGCAUUUAUAUCGCCAUGGGUUUCUUUGGUUACUUGCAAUACGGAGAAGACAUUGAAGGGAGCAUUACCCUCAAUUUGCCACAAGACGAAGUGUUGUCUCAAGUGGUGAAAAUUCUUUUGGUCGUGGCUAUCUGCGGAAAUUAUGCAGUGCAAUUUUAUGUCCCGAUUCCGAUCAUGUGGCCCACGCUAUCAAAAUACGUUGCUCGUUACACCAAGAAUGACUUCGCCGCAGAGCUUGCAUUUCGCACAUUUAUGGUCCUAGUUACUCUACUCUUGGCAGCAGCUAUUCCCAAAAUUGACCUGGUCGUUUCGCUUGUGGGAGCCGUUACGGGCACAUUUUUGGCCCUUAUUCUUCCACCUAUUCUCGAGUACGUCACAUGCGCGCCGAACAUAAGCAAACCAAUUCUCACUAAAGACAUCGUCAUUCUUGUGUUUGGAAUCGUUGGCUUCAUAACGGGGACGUACUCCACCAUUUUAGCCAUUGUCCAAGAAUUCACUGGAUAGGAACAAUGGCCAGACAAGAACCGCUCCAAAAUUUAAAGAUACGAUCAGUUAAGGGAGGCACAUUUUUCCGCAAAUCUAUUUCAAAAAUAAACUGAAGUUGCGAAAUGGAA